UCGGGGACUCCCUUCCUGGACUUCUUAGAGUAGGGGAGGCCCGAGGGGAAGCCGUAGCUAGUGUAGUGUUCCACGCCCCGGCUCUGGGUGGGGGAAGGGCUGGAGAGGCGGGGUCUCCGGAAUUGGGCGGGGCUGAGCCCUCUCCCCUAGGGCGGGGCUCCUCGGUAGACUACUGAGUCUGGGGGACAAGCUUUCCCCUCCCCCCCCACCCCACCCCCCGGCUCCUCCGGCAGGCCCCUCCUCCUGCCUCGGCUGCCACCGCCAACGCUAAACCGAGCCUCUUGACUGCAGAGGCAGCGGGAGCGGGGAGCUCCCAGUGCAGCCAGCUGAGCCUGCAGCCGGGCCCGGCCUCUUGUAGCUCAUUGUCCCAGCACCGAGGACAGCGCUGCUCCUCCUCGGCCCCAAGCUUUAUAAACCACGUCGCAACACGCGGCCCCCCCUGCCCGCUCAGGGCCCUGGCCCCGCAGCUCCUCGUUCAGCACCGAGGACAGCGCCUCCCACCCCACCCCGCUGCUCCCACCGCCGCCUCCGAGCAGCCCGCCCGCGCUCGGUCGGAACAUGGCCACCGAGAAACCAUGUUUGCUGAUUGAAUUCGUUGUGUCUCUGGAGGGUCACAAUCUGCAGGAGCUCCGGCGCAGUGCCUCAUUGGCCACCAAAGUCUUUGUCCAGCGAGAUUACAGCGAUGGGACCAUUUGCCAGUUCCAGACCAAAUUCCCCCCUGAACUGGACAGCCGGAUUGAGCGGCAGCUGUUCGAGGAAACUGUGAAGACGCUCAACAACUUUUAUGCUGAGGCUGAGAAGAUUGGGGGGAGCUCCUACUUAGAGGGUUGUCUGGCCUGUGCUACAGCGUACUUUAUCUUCCUCUGCAUGGAGACCCAUUAUGAGAAGGUCCUUAAGAAGAUUUCCCGAUACAUCCAAGAACAGAAUGAGAAGAUAUUUGCUCCCCGGGGCCUCCUUCUCACUGAUCCGGUAGAACGGGGAAUGAGGGUUAUCGAGAUCUCCAUCUACGAGGACCGCUGCAGCAGCGGCAGCGCCAGCAGCGGGAGCUCCAGCAGCAGCGGCAGCAGCAGCGGAGGGGGCGGCGGGGCCGGGGGCCGGUGACUGGCCGAGAGUCCCUGCAGGGAGCUGUACUGCCGGGACGAGGGCCUCUCCGAUCUGCGCAGGCUGCGCUACCAGAGCACUCGCUUCUGAGUCGCCCUCUCGACCUGCCGCCCCGUUGGGGGUGGGGCGGGGAGGGAGGGAGGUGCCCGGGCCCAGAUCCAGCUGUGGGCAGCUGACCUCCAGGGACUCCUGACAAGCGGGGGACUACUCCUUACUGCUCAGGAGACCCCCAGAAGGAGCUGUCCGCUUCCAGACACCCCCUUCCUCCGCCUGAAGCCUCUCCUUUCUCCCGGGGCCACUCCCCCCCAGGGAGAAGUCUCAGUUCCGAGGUACAGUAAAUGGGGGGAGGCGCUUUUCUUGGAGCGUCUCUCCUCUUGAGCUUCUACUUCCCUUCCAGCAGCUGCUCUCUUGGAGACUGGAUCUUCCAGGUCCGAGCUGAGCAGAGUCUAGAAUCCCUGGACCAUCCCUUACCUUGCAUGAUCCCUUAGCUUAGGGGAUCCAAACCGCUGGAUCUCUGCCUCAAAGUCCAACCGCUUUCCCUGCCAAACGCAAUGGGCUGGCUACGCAAAUAACUACUAUGUUCUCUUGCCUGCCCGCCUGCCUCUAGUGUCUUCUCUACAAUGUCUCUCCUCCCUUGCUUUCUAGUGCUAUCCUGACUCGUUCUCUGUCUGUGAACCAUCUUCUCAUAGGAAUCUGGGAAGAUGGAACCUCUCCAGCCUAGCCCCCAAUGGGGCAGGAAGGACAAGUCCCAGUGUCUUCUCCAGGACCACUUGUCUUUCCAGGACUGAAAAUGUCCUUGACUUUUGUGUCUCUCCUUAGCAAAGUGGGCAGGAGGAGGGACUCUGGUCAGGGGCAAGAUCCAAGAGUAGCAACAGACCUAUGACCAAAGGAAAGGAUGAGAGAUGCUCUCAUGUCUCACAUGAAGUCCGAGUAACCCAGAGUAACUUUUUUUUUUUUUUCAUGAAGAAACUAGUUAGUGGGUUAUGUGGCUCAGAAGAGAAGAGCUUUGGGGGUUUUUAUUUGUAUGAUGGGGACUGUCUAUUUGGGAAAGUAGCAUUUGUGAGAAGGGGAUGAUGGAAGGGAAAGAGAUGGAAAAGGAAACAAAUUAUGGAGUCUGAUCAUGGAUGUAAUGGUAAAAUUUGGGUAAUGGACUUCUACAGAAGAAAAGGGUCCUUUGGCCUGUGUUCAGUAAUGUAAUUCUAACAUCGAAAGCAGAGAGAAGUAAGUAGGAAUAGGUGUGAAGGAAGAGGAAGCAGGACUACUCUGUAAGGGACCAUCAUGGCUGAGUUCCAUUACAAAGCUCCAACUCCCUCUCUUCUCUAGCUGGGUUCCCUAUUACUCUUAUUCCCCCAAUUUCUCUCCCCUUGUACCUUUAUGUUACUGAACAGGGUGGUAUAUCUGUGUUCCCACAAUGGACUGGGCAAAAUGUGUGUGUGUGGCGGGGGGUGGGGGGGGAAGAGUGAGACAAAGACAGAGAUAGAGAUUCUGUCAUAAGAUGGAAUGGAGGGGCUGCCUGGGACUCUACUUCGCUUCCUACAGGCAGUCCUCCUGGUGCUUUGCCUGUGACUAGACUCUCCUCCCUGAUAUAUGUCUUAGUUCAUAAGUAUUGACUUUCCCCUGGCAUCAUCUUCCCCCCACUUCCUUUCCCAUAUUCUUGUGUAAGUAAAUAGCUGUGGGACUGGGGACUUUCCCUUCUUGACUAGGGGCUACCAUGCCAGGUGCUAUUAUGUACUUCUAGUUCCACUUCUUAUUACUGGAAUUUCUUUCCUCCCAGACCCUAUUCUCUAUUUUGUAAAUAGGGAGUUAGAUUCUGGGAGGGCAGCUUCCAACUAUAGGGGGAUUCCAAGGUUAUACUAUUUAGACACUCUCCUUGUAGCUUACUAUACAAGUUGUGACCUUUCUCUAUCCUCUGUGACUUGGUUCCUCAUGAUGGCUCUGAGUGAGGGACUCUCUCCACAUGGUAAGGCAUCAGUGUCCCUUCAGGACACCUUCUUCUGAGAAACCAUUGCAUCUGAAGAUCUGGAUAAUUGAAGCUUCCCCUGAGGGCAUGAUAAGGACCUGACUUUCCCAUGAGGGGAAUUCCCAGCUAUGCUGCUCCAAGUGCCACUUGGCUAGAGAAAAAAGCAAUCUCCAACCCACAGUUGCUGUAGCAACAGAAACCAGGGAGCAUCUCCCCCAGAGCUGAGACACAAAGAAACUGGAGAGGAUUGUAGCCGGACCAGCAGGGAACAGGGAACUCUGCACCCUCCACCCCCACCCCAUAGUGGGAGGUGCAGAAAAGCAAGUCAAAGAGCCAGCAGGGAGUUCUCCAGAGCUGGAAAGAAGGAUGGAUUUUAUUUCUGCCAACAGAGGAACACCACAUAUAGACACUUCCCCCCCCCCCCCCCCCCCCCCCCCCCCGCCAACCCCGCUAGGCUGCCAUGGCCUGAGAGAGCCAGGGGUAGGUGACUAUGGCUUAUCCCUCACCUGAGCCACAGGGCUAAUAAGAGGAAGCCUUGCCAUUUAUGGCCCAUCUUGUUUCUUAAUGUAUUUUCUGGUUUUGUGCUGGUGUUCCUUAUUUUAAAACCAAUGUAUCUCCACCUACCUUCUGGAUGUCCAUGCAUGAAGAACAGAAAAGCCUUUUCUUUUUAAAUCAAUAAAAGGACCUGCUUGACCUUG